AUGACUCACGGCUAUCUGUUUGCCUCCGAUAACGGAUACUACAAUUCAGAUAGAGCAUGCGUUGAAAUGUUUUUUGUAGACUCGACUUCAUGUUUAGAAUGGUUCAAUAGUUUGGAAAUGGCUAAAAAAGAACUUAUCAAGGAAGAAGAUGUUUUACACAUUUUUGCUCAAAAUGGCCCAAGAAGGAUGAACUUAAAGGUGCCCACACACUGCAGUGGUGGCGGUGGCGGUGGCGGUGGUGGUGGCGGUGGCGGUGGCGGUAGCGGUGACAGUAGCGGUGGCAGGGGCGGUGGCAGUGACGGAACGUUACAAUGCGUCCUGGCCCAAUUUUACCGCCAUCGUUGA